UUCUUAGCAAUUAAAGUGUGUACUAACCGAACCUACUUCUUAUUUCUCUUUCCGUUCUUUGUAUUUUUGGCCCAAAACCAUUCUUCCAGUUCCAGAGCCGAAAAGCAAAGAUAAAAAUUAGUAGAACUCCAAAAGAUAGUAUAUCCACCAGGUCGACCAAGAGAGAAAACGGUAUCUGAGUUAGCUAUAUACACGGAAGAAAAGUUGGAUCUGCAGGGCUUCUGAUAAUGGCUUUGAGACGUAUGCUUGGGUAUUCGGAUGGAGAGUUAAUGAGAUCAGAUGCAAAACCCUGCUCAAGGCUAACGAGACAAACAGCUGGGAUUUUUUCUGUUGGAGGAGCAUUAGGAUUUUGGAUUCUUUGCCGAUUGCACUAUGGAAUUCAAUAUGAAGUUUUUCCCAUGAAGAAAAUAACGAGAAGAGAAAUGCAACAACAACAACAAACCCAGUGUGAUCCCACAGGUCCUAGAAUCACAGUUCCUAGAAGUCUUAGAUGGGCAACUUGUGGGGCUGUUACUGUGAGCUCAAGCACUGCUUUGCUAGUUCGUCUAUUUAGUCCUGAAUGUGAACCACAAAACAUAGCUGCCUACGACAAGAAUGGAUGAUGUUGCUUUUCUUCAGAGAUCAGUAUGUAAAACUGAAGCAUGAUGUCCUAUUUAAUUCAUGUCUCAACUUUUUAAGCAUUCUCCUUCCACAGGCAUCGCACAUAUGGCUGCCCGUGGUAACCAGGGGAGAACGACCCGUGCUUAAAUGCUAAACUAUUUUCUCACUGAGGGCCUAUUUUAUUUGUUGCUAACUGUUAUAUCGAUUUCUAUUGAGUAAAAAUGCUGCAAGCACUUGUGAAGUGAUGCUUAAUCUGUCUCAUGUUUUCUCCUCCCAACAGCCAAUUCUGUGUCAUAUACUACAAAGAGGAAAAACCUAUUUGUGUGAAUGAAUUAUCAUUUGUCUUAA